UGUAACAAUAAGCUUGAAAAUGGCUUCACCGCCUCAAAAACUGAAGUUUGAGGCAAACGGAUCUCGUUUAAGUAAACUUUUAAUCAAUAAAGGAACACAAGCUUUGAAAAUAACAUUGCAAAUCAUUAUAAACCUUCAAUCAUCAAACUUAAAAGAUAAACUUAAUGAUCCUUCUACAAAGAGUAAAUUGACACCACUAAAGUUCAAAGUCAUCAGCAAAGAGCAAUGGAACCUUCUUUACCCAUCAACUGGCUCACCUGACAUUGAAAACUUUGAUAUUUCAUUAUUGACUGUCUUAUUGCGUAACAUAUGUGGUCUAACAGCGCCACAUAGUGGAUGGAAUAAUCUUCCUUCCUCUUCAGAUACUUCAAUCUCAGCAAACAUUGCAAGAAUAAAGUUUUAUCGAAACGAAGUGUACGGUCACAUAGCUAAAACUAGUGUAGAUGACAGUGAGUUUGAGUACUUGUGGCAGGAAAUUUCAAAAGCAUUGGUUGGUUUGGGCAUUCAACAAACUGAAAUAGAUGAAGCAAAGAAAGCUCCUCUCAGUCCUGAUGAGGCAAAUCAUAUUGAAAUAUUGAAAAACUGGUAUGAAAAAGAAAAACAGUUGAUCGAUGUCGCUGAGGAAACUAAAGAGGUUGUAAAAGAAUUAAAAAAAGAAUUUGAAUUUAUAAAAAAUAAAUUUGAUGUAGCAGGAGCAGAUGUGAAGAAGCUUGGAAAGUGUAAUUUUAACGGUCUUAUAAAAGAUCUUAACAAAAAAUACUUUGAAGGCACUAGACAAUGGUUAUUUGAAAAACUCGACACUUGGUUUAACGAUAAAAGUGAAGAUGCUUCUAACGUCAUGAUUUUGAUUGCCGGUCCUGGUGUUGGUAAAAGUGUGUUUGCUGCUGAGGUGUGUCGACGAUAUUCUGGAAAGAAGAAACUUGCUGCUUGUCAUUUCUGCAGAUAUAAUAGAUCAGAUUAUAGAAAUCCUCGAGUUUUGAUAGAGUCAUUGGCUAGUGCCAUGUGUGAUACAAUAUCAGAUUUUAAAAGUAAACUGAAUGAAGAAUUACAGAGAAACCAUUCCAAACAAUCGAUCACCGAUAAAUUCCUUGUUUUAUUAUAUAAUCCAUUGCAUUCAUUAGAAGAUUAUGAACCAAUGCUUUUGGUUAUUGAUGCCUUAGAUGAAAGCCAAGUUGACGGCAAAAGUGAAUUGUUGGAAUUGAUUGUAGAAGAGUUUGACCGACUGCCUAAAUGGAUUAAAAUCUUCAUCACCAGUCGUCCAGAACUUCCUGUUCAAAAAGAGUUGAAAGACAUGAAUCCUGUGGAAAUUACAACUCGUCCUCGUGAUGAAAACAACGAAGAAGACCUGCACAAGUAUUUGAGACAUCAAAUGAAUGAUCAGGUGCAGAAAAAUCGCUACCUUCUUCAAUCGUUAGUUAAAAAAUGUGAGGGAUCAUUUCUUUACGCUUAUCACGCACAACUAAGCUUAAAGAAAGAAGAAAUUGAGCUUACAGACGAAAAAAUUGAACAAUUGGUCCCUAGUGGGUUAAGCGGUGUUUACACAAAGCAAUUCGAAAGAGUAAAAGAAUUGUUAACGAAGAAAAGUACCACAAAAUCUGUUAUCUCAGAAACUAACUUCAUGCAAUUUCUUGAAUUGUUGGCUGCCUGUCGGGAGUUUUACCAUUAA